CAGCACAGCGUGUUCGCGGUUGUUCAAAGGCUGACGGUCGAAGAAAAGCUCGGCGACCGCUUUCCAUGGCAUCACGAAAAGCGCGCCGCUUUUCGCAACGUCCGUUCGUGAUUUGUGGCAUGCUGAUCAAUUUCGUAUUGUUUGAUAAUUAUUAUUGCAAUGCGACUUAUUUAGAAAAUCCAAGUUUUGUAGCUCCAAUCACAAAUGUUACAGCUGCAGUUGGUAGAGAAGCAAUAAUGACCUGUCUAGUGGACAAUUUAGGAAUUUACAAGGUGGCCUGGUUGCGGGUCGACACGCAAACGAUCCUGACCAUUCAAAAUCACGUGAUUACGAAAAACCAUCGGAUCGGCAUAACUCAUAGCGAACACAAAACGUGGUUUUUGCAUAUCAGAGAGGUGAAGGCUUCGGAUAAGGGAUGGUACAUGUGCCAAAUCAAUACCGACCCCAUGAAGAGUCAGGUUGGAUUUUUGGACGUUGUUGUGCCUCCAGACAUACUGGAUUACGCCACCAGCGGCGACAUUGUAGUCAGAGAAGGGGCGAAUGUGAACCUUCAUUGUGUGGCUAAAGGAUUUCCUACUCCGUCAAUUAUUUGGAAACGGGAAACUGGAGAUUUGAUAACUUUGGCUGACGGGAAACAAGUUGCAGUCGCAGAAGGCUCAUUAUUGAACUUGACACGGGUGGGCAGACAGCAUAUGGGCCCCUAUUUGUGCAUCGCGUCAAACGGAGUUCCGCCUUCAGUCAGCAAGCGCAUUAUGCUCAUUACCCAUUUUCCUCCAAUGGUAUGGAUUAAAAAUCAACUGGUGGGAGCUUAUGACAGUCAGAAAAUAGCCCUAGAAUGUCACUCGGAAGCGUUUCCCAAAGCAAUCAAUUAUUGGACGAAUGAAAAUGGGGAUAUUAUUUCUCGUAAUGGUGAAAGAUACGAUUCAUAUCAAAAUUCACACGUGUACAAAACUCAUAUGAAACUCAACAUAGAAAAAGUUUCACCGAGUGAUUUUGGAAAAUACAAGUGCGUGGCCAAAAAUUCCUUAGGAGAAACUGAAGGAACAAUACAACUGUACAGGAUACCAAAGCCGUCAUUGUUAGCCGAACAAAUUUCGAACGAUGUCCACGAUCAGACUGGCUCCCUGCUUCGGGACGCGAAAUAUAUGAAUUCGAGCGGAAAUAAAUUUGUGUCCGCUUUCGCCGGCUACUUUUUGCUGCCGCUCUCCAGUUUCCUUUUCUUUUGUACGAUAAAUCUUUCGGCUUGUGUAGCUGUUGUGUAACAAGUGUGUUGUUGAAUAACGACCGGACCAGUUAAUUAAGAGAAUUAUCAAUUGGAUGUAAGGAUACUUGGUACGAUAAAUAACAUACUUUUUUUGGGAGCUUGUCCAGCUUUUUAGUUUAGGGCAUCGUCAGAGAUAGAAAAGCAGUUGGUAAUUGAAUACAUGAAGUUGGAGCUCAACUAACUUAGGAAUGAUCUAGUGUGAUAUUGAUAUUAUUUCGUUCGAUAUUAAUUCAGAAAUCUUCCAUCGAUUCCAUUCUCCUUGAGGGAUCAGCUUGCAUCCUGUUUUUACCCAAUUAUAUACUUCAUUCCCUCAACUCCCAAUAUGUUUACUAGUUUAUCCCUGAUGAUGCCUUGAACAACUAAAUUAAAACCAAUUUUUUCAUCUUUAAAAUUCUUCCAUGCUACAAUGAUUCUUUAGAGUUGAAAAAUGAAAAUGUUUGAGUUUAGUUGCUGAUUAAAUUUUAGUUCUACAUCCAAGCAAUAAGCUAUUUCUUUCUCUCUAUUGACUGGUUUUCUAUAAUAUUUUUCUACGCUCGAAACCCUUCUAGAAUAGAGUCAAUUUACAUGUACAAAACAAUUUACCUUCUGUUACCAAACAAAGUAUUCUCGUCUUGUAUGUUCCUAGAAUAGAAUUUAAAUUUUUCUAUUGUUUUAAGUGUAAAAUGUGUAUAUUAUUGACUGUAUAUAAUGUUACAAUGCAAAGCAACACAUUUGACAAAAUGUAUUUUGUAGGAUAUAUAGAAUUAAAUUAUUUUCUUUGAUUUGAUGCCGCUUCAAGUCUUAAUCCGGGAAUUGAAUAUUUUACGUGAAACGUUUUGAGCUAAUCCCGAUUAGAUACUAAAGCCUGAUUAAAACUUGUCGGAGCAUAUAACUUUGCUUUAACACAGUAUUCUAGGAAAUUGUAUAUAAAAUGUAUUAAGGGUUAUUUAUGACUGACCUUCCAUAUCAUUAAUUUGUAAAAAAAUGUAUGAUGACCAAAUUUUCGGAAAACUGUACCUCUAGGUAGGUAUAUGAGAAGUAGGAUGUGAAUAAUGAAAAAUUUGUUAAUAAAAAAUAAUUUUUGAA